GUGAGCAAUAUGUUGUCCAGAAAAGCUACACAGCCAUGGAGGAGGACGAGCUGACCCUCGAGGAAGGUGACACCAUUGAAGUCAUCCACAAGCUCCUGGAUGGCUGGUGGGUCAUCAGGAAGGCUGAAACCACGGGCUAUUACCCCUCCAUGUACCUGCAGAAAGCCGGGGAGGCGAACACCUCCAUGAAGAGUGAGCUGAGGAACCGGAGUGCUCCUCCGCGGAGAUCCACCGUCCGAAAUGCGAAGAGCAUCCACAAGCAAAGCCGGAAGCUGAUCAGUCAGGAGACCUACAGGAGGAACAGCAGGAAGUACAUCCAGAGCCAGAGGAACAUGAGGGCAAAUUUCCAGAACAAGGCCAAUGUCAUAAUUGAGAAAAACGAGCAAGAGGAGAUCAAGCCCAAAGCUCAACCUGCUGUUCCUCCCCGUCCCAGCAAAGUCCUCAUCCUGAACCGCGGUACUGAGAGCACCUGGAGGAAGAUCCUGUGA